CGAAACUUUAACCGCCCUUGGGUUGCGCCGCCUCUCAGGAACGGCGGCGCCCUUAUAAAGAUCGCCCUUCUGUCUGUAUCGUUGCUUUUUUAUUUUUUUCUUUCUCAUUCCCCUUCUUCUUCUUCUCCACAACUCCCUGGGUUGUUGUGCAUCUCCUCCACGCUCCGAGCUUUUCCCGCGCGCUGACUGACUCGAUCGCUUCCCCGCUUUCGUCAUAAGUCUCGGGCUUGGUUUUGUCUUCUCUCACGAUCACGAUCCCCGCUCAGCCCACUUCCACGUAUUCUCUACCUAUUGUUAUCCCCAGUCUCUCUCCUCUCUUCUCCCGCAACUUCUCUUCAAGAUUCCCCUCCGCGCCAGACUCAACACCGCCAAAAUGCCCCAGAUCAAGGAGAUCCUCUUCGACUGCGACAACACGCUGGUGCUGUCGGAAGAGCUGGCCUUCAAGGCGUGCGCCGAGCUGGCCAACGAGAUCCUCGAGAAGAACAACAUCUCGGACCGGUACACGGGGCCGGCGCUGCUGAAGGACUUUGUGGGCCAGAACUUCCGGGGCAUGAUGGUGUCGCUGCAGAAGAAGUACGGCUUCACCAUGGGCGAGGACGAGUUCCAGACGUACGUCGACCGCGAGCUGGGCAAGGUGGUCGAGACGCUGGAGAAGGAGGCGCGGCCGUGCGACGGCGCCAUCCCCGUCAUCGAGAAGCUGCACAAGGACAAGAACUACGGCCUCGCCGUCGUGUCUUCGUCUGCUCUUUCCCGUGUCCAGGCCUCCAUCCGCAAGGUCGGCAUGGACCAGUUCUUCCCCCACGAGCACGUCUACAGCGCCGCUACCUCGUUGCCCAAGCCCACCUCGAAGCCCGACCCCGCUAUCUACUUGCAUGCGUGCAAGGAGAUCGGCGUCCAGCCCGGCGAGUGUGUCGCUGUUGAGGACAGCAAGAGCGGCGCCACCGCCGCCAAGAACGCAAAGAUCCCGCUUAUUGGCUACGUUGGCCCGUACGAGGAUGAGGAGGAGCAGCAGAGGAUGGCCAAGAUGCUGAAGGAGGAGUGUGGUGCCAUUGUCAUCAUGUACCACUGGAACGAGUUCUUCGACUGCCUGAAGAAGGUCGAGAGCUCGUAGUGCCGAGGCGUUUGGGCCUUGUUGUUGGAAAAGGAGGAAGGUGUUGGUGCGAUCUAGAGCGAAGAGCUUGCCUAGACGAGUGAUAUGCCCCCAUUUGGAAAUUAGCAACGAUGAUACUCAGGAAUAUACUCCCAAAAAUUUCCUUGUCUAUUGCCA